AUGCGUUGGGGUUCUCGUAGAGCGGGAUUUGCUCUUGUGGGCGGUGGCGCAUUGGGUGGGGCUGUGUUGUGGUACGCCAUCUGUAGGAAAACAGCAGGAAACACGUCUCCACAACAAUUGUCUGCAGAGGAGUUCAAUGGCCUGCAGAAUAAAGCACUUCUCACAGAGGCACUUGGCACGUCACGUUUGCCAUGGAAUCAGAGCCUCCGGUGGAAAAGAGGCAGCAAUCGUCAUGAUGGCAGAGACUUCAGUCUGACAUUGUAUCGCCUAUUGGGAUGCCCGCAUUGUGCAAAGGUGGAAUGGGUACUUCGCUAUUAUUCGGUGCCUUUUUCAAUGGUAGAUGUUGACACCCUCUCCGGUGCAGGGAUUCCUGAUCCCCGUUAUAGACUGGUACCCCAAAUACGUUUAGAGCCGAUGGAUGAUACUUCGACCAAUAAAAUGCCUGAUUCAACAGGGGCCUACGUGGUGGAUUCUCAACGAAUUAUCUCCGCCAUUUCCAUACCAUUGGGAUUUGCGGAACAACUUCAAGAUCCACGUGUACUAGAGACACGACGAUGGAUUGCAGAUCGCUUUCAAGCAGUAAGUUUUGUUGCAACCAACUGUACAUGGAGUAACGCCUUUGCGUCUUAUCCGUAUGUGACACCACCACGGUAUCAUAAUAUUGUUUUUCGUGUAGUAGGGGCAUCUGCCCUGUGCAUUUUAUCACGGUAUAAAAUUUUGCCUCGUCUUGCAGCAAAAGGGACGGAUUCGACUGUUAAAAUGUCCGUAAAGGAUCCGGCCGCAUGGCUAGAAGGGGAGUUGGCUACAUUUACGGCACGGCUUCAAAGUCAACAUUCCAGUCAACGGUUUCAUGGUGGUAAGGAACCCGAUAUAGCCGAUUUAGAAAUGUAUGCCGUGACACGUGUUGUUGAAGCCCAUCCAAAUUUACGGCAUGUUCUUCAUCAAGGGGCAUUUGGGGAAUGGAAUACCGCGAUGGAUGCCGAGGUACAAAAACGGAAACAAUUAAAAACAUGA